UGGACACCUUGUUAAAAAAAAAAACACUGUAAUUUGUAACAGAAGGUGGCGUCUACCAGCUACACUCGCUACUCAAUCGUGUCACAAACUGAACCGAGUCUCACAUGACAAACACCGAAGAAGAAGAAGCAACUCCUCCGAACCCUAAGAAUUACACUCAACACUCCACCAACGACGAUGUGGAACCUCGUGACGACGAAGACAUCGAAGAAGACCAAGAAAACGAUGAAGACGACGUCGUUCAGGAACCGAAUCGCGGAAUUCCCCAAUCUGCAGCGUCCAAGUUGCGGGAACAGCGUUUCAAGGUGGAAACCCUAUCGCGGCGCUUGUCGUCGGAGCUGGUUCCGAUCCGAGUCCACGACGUGGUCAUAAACGGCAACACGAAGACGAAGGAUUGGGUGAUUGAAGCGGAGCUGAAAGGCAUCGAGAACGCCACCAGCAUGCAGGAGCUUAUGCAAGCUUCGCAAAUCGCCAUUGCCAAGCUUCAGGGUCUCGAAAUCUUCGAUUCCUGCAUGGUUCGCCUCGAGGCUGGACCACGAGAGCUUCCAAACACUGCCAAUGUCAUCGUCGACGUUGUCGAAACCGAUAACAAAGUUUCCGGCGAAUUCGGCAUUUAUACCAAACCCUCGACUAGUUCGUGGACUGCUGAAGGUGCUCUUAAGUAUAAGAACUUGUUGGGUUAUGGUGAUCUAUGUGAUGCUUCUUUGGCCUAUGGUGCCAACCAAGCGACUGAGGUGAGUGUAGGGGUGUAUGCCCCUCGAGUUAAAGGAUUUUUGACUCCUAUUGUAACACGGAUAUCCAUGCUUUCCCAAGAUUGGCAGGAGUCUUCCUCAUAUAAGGAGCGGUUGUUGGGUGCGUAUCUUGGCUUAAUCUCAACAAAGCACCAUGACUUAGCAUACACCCUUGGAUGGCGUACCUUAACAGAUCCGUCAAAGAUGUCAUCCAGGUCUAUAAGGAGGCAGCUUGGGCAUGGUUUAGUGUCAUCUUUGAAGUAUACAUUUAAAAUUGAUAGGAGAAAUUCUACUAUUAGGCCAACAAAAGGAUAUGUUUUUCUUUCCACCACUCAUGUUGGUGGCCUUACACUGGACCCCAGGAGCUUGCGGUUUCUGCGUCAGGAGUUUGAUGUUCGCUUUUCUGUCCCUUUUGGGUUUUACAAUACUGCACUAAACCUUGGGAUAUCUGCUGGUGCUGUUUUUCCAUGGGGGAAUGGAUUCAAAACCAAGCCAUCUCCCCUUCCAGAAAGGUUUUAUUUGGGUGGUGAUUUUUCUCCAGUUUGCACCCUAGGAGGACCAACAACAUUAUGGGGAUUUAAAACUAGAGGAUUAGGUCCUACUGAACCUCGGAGGCAAAAUAGAGAUGGGUCUAAUGAUGACAAUGUUGAUUCCUCUGGAUGGGACUUCAUUGGUGGUGAUUUUGCUGUUACUGCUUUUGCAGAUCUCUCUUUUGAUCUUCCAAUUAUGUGGUUGAGAGAACAUGGAAUCCACGGACAUGUUUUUGCAGGUUCUGGGAAUGCUGCUAAAUUAACUAAGAAUGAAUAUAAGCACUUCUCUCCUCGGAAGUUCUUAGAAUCCUUUCGAAUGUCAGUAGGAUGUGGAGUAGUUAUUCCUACUAGACUCUUCCGCUUAGAGGGUAACUACUUUUACAUACUCAGAAAGGGUGAGCAUGAUCGUGGGAAGACUGGGUUUAGGUUUAGCUUCUCAGCGCCUUCAUAGCAGCUGUGUUCUUUGCCAUUUUUUUGUGGUUCUUCAAGCAUUAAAUAUUUUUUGCAAUCUGUCUCGGCACGAUAUUUUCAUUUCUUACCUUAAAUCCAGACAAAAUAAGAGAGGGCAUUCAUUCAUAACAUAUCGGCAGAUUUUCACACAAAGUUGUAUGAAAUUCGAAAAUAAUGCACUUAUGUACUGCAAUUUUAGAAGCAUUGCAACUGAGAAUUCUUUACUUUUUCUGGCCUGCUUGGAUUGUAAAAUUUACACCACUCUUUAUGUUGAGAGAUCACUGUGAGUUGUUAAAGUAUCCACUACCUUUUUUUUCAUGUAAUUUAAGUUAUACCUACUCAGUGAUAUUGAAUUGAGUUCAA